AUGGGCAACCAUAUUACUUCCAACCGCUCCCUGCCUGCCACCGGAAAGGUGAUUCUCUCCGAUGGCAGCAUUCAUGUAUACGAUGCGCCACUCACAGUGGCCGAGCUCAUGCUAGAAUACCCGCAACAAGUAGUCGUUGAGUACAAGGCAGGCGCCAAAGGGAACAAGCCGUCUCCAUUACCAGCUGACGAGAAGCUAGAUAGACAGAAGCUUUACAUUAUGUUACCUGUAAGGAAAGGCAAGCCUGCUUCCUUAACAUCACUGGAGUCCCAGGAAUUGCUUUUACGGGCAAGCAACGUCUUGAAAUCCCCGAGUUUCUUGUCGUCGACAACGGGUGUUUUGCCAUUUCUUGUCAGGAUCUGCCCUGCGUCCAGGAAAUGUGUUGCUGACAAAAAUAGGCGUGCAGCAAAGAGAAAGGAAGAAUUUGUGGGAAAUAAUUCUUUGGAAAAAGAAGAUUAUUUCGAGAAGAUGUUGGAGAUGGGGACGGAGUUCAUGACCAGGCAAGUUUCUGGUAAGGGAUGGAAACCUAGCUUGGACACUAUUGUAGAAAAGGGAGUUAAGCCUAAGGUAAAGAGCAUGUAUAGAGAGUCUGUUGGGGUUGCUCUUAUGGUGUUGUUUCAACUUUCUAAUGCUGAUGAUGUUAUUCUACUUUGUUUCAAAGUCUCUGAUUAA